AUGGUAACGGUGCUAACGGUGCUGACGUUGGUAGCCCAGAACGGCUACCACUGUUAGCACAGUCAGUACCGUGCUAAGUGCAGCCGGUCCGGUUCCGUCCCGGGUCCACUGCGGUCGGUGUAGUCCGCCUGGAACCUCUGACGUGUGUAGAACCAACCUGUGACGGGUCCGAGUGGGUCGGUAGGCUGUCUGGACCGGGUCCCCGGUGACCUACUUUCACUCCUGGGCGAACGUGAACCGGCUGACCCGGGACAGGAACAAACCAAGCUGCUGUUUGCGGGUCAGAGGUCAGAGGUCGGAGGUCUAAGGUCGUCUGCAGCAUCAUGGCUCUGAUCUCCCUAGAAGACCUUGAGGGAUUGGACGAGGAGCAGCUGGACGAUGACAUCACAGACAACCCUGAACCAAUGGAUGAGGAGGAGAGAGACCGGCUGCUGGCCCACUGGCAGGCUGUGGCCAGCACCCACCAGGUGUCAGUCCCCCCAGAGAUGACAGGACCCAUCCAGGAAAUGACCCGCAACAGCCAGCAGAGGGAGGCGCUCCCCUACACCUCCAUCUCCUGCCACGAGAAGAUGGGGGAGGUUGUGUUCGAGGAGCGUCAGUACGCGGCCGGCCACUGGGCCUGUGUGACGCAGAGUGAAGCGCUGUACGAACAGAGCAUCUCCAAAGGGUUCAUGAAGCUGAUGCGUUUCAUCUGUAAAGAGAACUCCGCAGGUCGGUACCUGGGGAUGACGGUGCCGGUGCUCAGCAACAUCCAGGUGACGGCGGACGGACACGCGUUCCACAAGGAGGUGGAGACGGCGUUCUACCUGCCGGCCCAGUUCCAGAACGACCCGCCCCGGUCCUUUGACCCGGACGUGUCCAUCGUCCACAGAGGGCCCAUCAACGUCGUCACCAGGGUGUUCUUCGGGACGACCACCGAGGAGACGGUGUCCCAUCAGGUCCGUCUUCUGUGGGAGAUGCUUGGCGCGAGGGAAGACCUCCACAGAGAGCGCUACCUGGUGGCCGUGUACGAGAACCCCGGCGUGCCGCGGCGCCGCAACGAGAUCUGGUUCAUCCGCCGCGACGCAUAGACUCACCGCAUCACGUCUCGCCUCCUCCUCCUCCACCACCACCACCACCUACUGGUUGUCCAUUCACACACUUCCUGUCUCAAACUGGCCAAUCAGUGCAGGCGGCGCCAAGCCCCGCCCCCAUCCAGUCACAGGACCCGUUGGUGUCGAGGGAAGGUGUCCUGGUUGGUCGGUUUGUCCAUGUCCUCGUUGAUCCUACGUGUGUGUGUGUGUGUACGUGUCAUUAUGCACACGCCCAUCUGAGGCUCCACCCCCUUCCCUGGUCAGCACGCAGCGUCAAUCAGUCAAGAUGGCGGCGCAGAGGCGGAGGCGGAGCCUCCACCUCAGGUCACCACAACCGGAUGGUGAUUGUCAGCCAUCUUGGAAGUGAUCUAAUCAUGUUUUUAGAUUCUUUUUUUUUUUUCCUGCUGCAUUUGAUUUGUUGACCAGUGACUCUCUUCAGAUGAAAGUCUUGUGUUAUUUUUCCUUCUGUUUAUCCGAGAAAUAAAAUCCUAUUUAAAGAUA